AUGACUGCCCGAUUUAUGAAACUAUGCAAUCCUGGGAGAUUAUUAGUGCCUCUUUUUGUGCUGAGCUUUGUAGCAGCCGUAACAAUUUUGUCUCUUUUUUGGGGAUUUUCUUCGGGGCGAUACUAUCUAUCAGAAAUGCAACCCAAAAGUCCAAGUUUGGGAAAUCCGAUGACAAAUAGUUCCUUUUACUUAGUUGUUGAUAACAAUGCGAGUAAAUUCGGACAGGAGGGUGCAGUUCAUCAAGAAAGAAAUGGAAAGGAUGUCAUUCUUAGUAAGGGUUUUGCAUUCAAAAGAAAUUCUAGUAGUGUAGAGGGCAGAACAAAGCUAUUUUAUAUCUUGCACAACAGUACUACUCAGGACAGUGACCAGAAGCAUCUUGCUAGCUCAAAUGUGAAGUACAACAGCAGUGCAAAUGUUUCUAAAAAUAUUUCGAUUGUAGCUAGUCGGCCUAGACCGAUUCCCAUGAGUAGAGUACGGACUUCGAGUAUCAAAUCGAGUACUUCUGCAUCCAUAAGAAACUCUCGGAAGAAAAAAUCUAAGCAGGUUGUGUUAAAGGGUAAUUUGAAGAAUGACAAUUUCAACAUCGAAAAAUAUUUAAGAAGGAUGAGGAGGGUUAAGUUGGUUACAUUGUCUGAGAUGACAUCCAUGUUGCUUAGUGGUCCCAAGUAUUCCGAGUUAGUGAGGCAGGAAUGGUCAACAGUACGUGAUAAUGAGCUUCGCUAUGCUAGCUCACAGAUUAAGAAUGCCCCUGUUUUAAGAAAUGUUGCAGACUUGCAUGCUCCUCUUUUUCGGAAUGUCUCUGUGUUCAAAAGGAGCUAUGACUUGAUGGAACAUUUACUCAAAAUUUAUAUAUACAAAGAAGGGGAGAAGCCCAUAUUUCACCAACCAGGGCUAACAGGAAUUUAUGCAGGUGAAGGGUGGUUUAUGAAACUCAUAGCGAGAAGUAAACGCUUUGUAGUGGAGGACCCCGAGAAUGCUCAUCUAUAUUACUUACCCUUUAGUUCCACAACACUGCGCUGGACCUUAUAUGAUGAUAAGACACAUAAUGUCAGAAACCUGGAGAAUUUUCUUAGAGAUUAUGUGGAUUUGAUCAAGAAUAAAUACAGCUAUUGGAAUGCUACUAAGGGUGCAGAUCAUUUUUUUGUUGCUUGCCAUGAUUGGGCUUUGCGUAUAACGAGGAAGCAUAUGAGCAGCUGUAUCGGAGCUUUGUGCAAUGCCAAUGUUGCAAGAGGAUUUACCAUAAGCAAGGAUGUUAGUCUACCUGUAACAUUUAUUCACAAUGAAGAUGACCCUUCAAUAGAAUUUGGAGGAAAACCACCUUCAGAGAGAGAGAUACUAGCCUUCUUUGCUGGGAAAAUGCACGGUUAUCUCCGACCAUUAUUGCUGAAGUAUUGGGAGAAUGAGGCAUCAGACAUGAAGAUCUCUGGCCCGAUGCCCAGUAAUAUUGAAGGAGAAGCGACCUACAACGAGUACAUGAAGAGCAGCAAGUAUUGCAUUUGUGCCAGGGGGUACCAAGUCCACAGCCCUAGGGUGGUCGAGUCUAUUUUGUACGAGUGUGUUCCGGUGAUUAUUGCUGACAAUUAUGUGCCCCCUUUUUUCGAGGUGCUAGAUUGGGAGGCAUUUGCUGUUUUUGUGCAGGAGAAAGACAUCCCGAAUCUGAGGAACAUCCUACUUGCUAUCUCAGAAGACAGGUACCUUGAUAUGCACUAUAGAUUGAAAUUGGUGAAAAGGCAUUUCAUUUGGAAUAAAACUCCAAAGAAGUAUGACUUGUUUCACAUGAUCCUUCACUCACUUUGGUCUAGCCGGGUUUCUCGGAUGAAGCCCUUGUAGGAAGAAAAAUUUAGUUGUUUAAAGUUAGUUGAUUAAAUAAGAGGGGUUUGGUUGGCCUCAUAGCAAGUACAGUUACAAUAAAUGGCACUCAUAGAUUAAGGUGGAAAAAAUAUAGUUGGCUUAAUGUUGCUCUUGUUGGAUGCCUUGGUGGUGUGAUCAUGAGCCAUGGAACCAAUAUAUUUGACUCUGGGACAUCAACUCUACAAGCGACAAGAACCGGUGGUAAAAAUCUAGACCACUUCAUAAACUGUUAGUUUGUUGUUUUGAACUUACAAGAGAUUGCACUUCUUUCGAAUUUGUGAAGCGAAUUGCGAAAUCAAGCCAUCUGCUGUUAUACGCUAUACAACAAUUUCUCUAUAGAUGCGAGUGUUCCUGAUAACUUGUUUGUCUGAGCAUAUAACUCAAAGAGCAAUAGCUCGGAUAUUGUGAAAUUGUCCUUUCGAAAUCUUUACCUGUAAUGUUCAAUCCUGUUAAUUGCUUUAAGAAUAUGGCAAAAAUGGGCUCAUUUUAACAGAUUGUUCCUUAUUGUUGUUAUCUUCA